CACUCGGGCAGCACGUCCCAGCGCCUGGCUGGCAGAAAGGGGUGAGGAGAGGAGGAAGAAACACAUCCCUGCUUCCAGCUGGGAUCGCUUUGCUGGCUGAGCUGCGUUUCUGGAAGCUGGUUACUGCUCUGGGCAUCUUCAGGGGUGUUGGAGCAGAGCAGGACAGCAUCAGAGAGGGAUAUUUUUAGACGCUCUUUGUGCUCAGAGAGCAAAACCAGGCUGUGGUUGAACGGCCAUUAGCUGCUGGGCAUGUUUGAAAAGCCGAAGUACGGCUGAGGAUUCAGCUUGACACGAUGGGAUGGAGCAGCUUUGCAGACACGACAGCAAUUUGUAGCCUGAGCAUCGAAGCGAAGAUCCCAAGAGGAGCCUGAUCUGGGCAGGCCAGCCCGUUUAGCUGCCACACGGGGUCAGGGUGGCUGAGCCCCCACAAGGACGUGUUCUCAUCGUUGUGGGGUGAUGUUUGCUCCAGUGGCUGCGGAGGAGGUGCGGGAGAAGAGCAGACCAGAGAUCCGCAUGUCAGACCAUCACCACCACAGCGAUGGGGAGUCAGAACCCCAGCACGGCAUCACUGUGGUCUUCCUCCUCGUCCUUGUCUUCUUUGUCAUGGGGCUGGUGGGGUUCCUGAUCUGCCAUGUCCUGAAGAAGAAGGGUUACCGCUGCCGGACCUUCCGCGACGAGCUUGACCCAGAUGACAAAGACGGGGUGGAGGAGCUCCAGGAUGAUGACGAUGACGAGAAGAACGACGACACCGUGGAGAAGAUUGUGAGGUGCAUCAUCCAAAACCAAGCAAACGUGGAGGCCCUCAAGGAGAUGUUGGGGGAAAAUGAAGGGGAUGUGCCAGUGCCAGUACCAGUGCCCAGCCUUUGUCCCCACAGCAGCAGCCAGGACGGGGGCCCCCCUCACCACCACACGGUGCACCUGGGCUCCACGCAGGCCCCCUGCAUCCACUGCAGCAGGAGGAAGAGGCACCCACUGCAGCGCCAGGGCAGGUCCAAGGAGGGCAAAAGCAGGAUGCUUCCUGGAGAGACCACUGUCUUCUCAGUGGGCAGGUUCCGUGUCACACACAUCGGGAAGAAACCCCCUGUGCAGGAGCAGCAGGACGGGGCGCUGCCCGCCGGCAGCCGGCAGCCGAGCACGGAGGAGCUGGAGCGCAGCAGCGAGAGGCUGCAGCGGGAGCGGGCUCUCAACGGGACUGUCCCCACGGGUGGCCUGCACAACGGAGCCAUCCACACGGGCACCCAGGGCGGCAGAACCGAGCCGAGCCUGUCUGCCAGCCCAGCCGCGGGCCCUGCGGCCAGCUCCGGCAGCCGAGACAGCCGGAGGGCGGGCGGGGGGUCCGGCACGGCGGGGUCCGGCACGGCGGGGUCCCUGCAGGAUGCUGGCUCUGCCCCUGGGAGCUCAGGCCGCCAGCGGAGGCUGAUGAGCAUGCCAGCGCUGGGAGCAUCGAGUCCCAACAUCCCAGGAGAGCUGGCGAGGGAGGGAGGCGGCAUCUGCCUGGAGGAGAUGGGACUGGAGUCGGCAGAUGAAGUGUCGGAUAUUCACGGGAGCCUGAGUCUGCAGGAACAGCCUGAGGAGCUGGGGAGAGACGACAGCAGCAGGAAACAGCCCGGAGGGGAGGACGGGAGGCAGCAGGAGCCCAGCGCCGCGGAGCAGGACCGUGUGUGACCUCCUCUCCGCUGCCGGCCGCAGCGAGCGCGGGAGGCGCGCAGCCCCCGGGCCCCGCGGGGCUGGGGGGGCUCUGCCGUGGGGAAGCCGUGCCCGGCCCCGGGUGGGCAGCUUCGCGCUUGGCAUGGCCGGAGCGGCGCCGGCGACAGCGACAGCGACAGCCGCACUCGGCGCCAGCCUUCAUCCCAUCGGCAAUAGGAACCCGAGUCCCGCCCAGCGCCCCCUCCCCGAGGUCACCGGACACCCCCCGAGGGACCCUCGGGCUGGCAGGGGCAGGACAGCACCCAGAGCCCGCUGCCCCCGCGGCCCCCAGCCCCGGGGCGAGGAUCCGGGGGGACCGUGGCGAGGGGCAGGGAUGGAGCACCCCCAGACCCACCCGGCACGUUCAGCACAGAGCACAGCCCCCCCCAGCCGGGCACCCCUGCCACGGAGCGGGCACAGGCACAAAUCCUGCAGCGGCAGGUCCCCGGAGAUGCUGGCGGAGAGAGGAGCUGCCAGCCCCAUCUCACAGGCACAGGAGGGGCCGG